AGAGAGAUAUAUGAAUACUAUACAAACGUAAUUGUUGUCUAAACAUGGAUUUUAAUUGAAAACUUGGUUGAUAUUCUUCAUUAGUGAUCAGUAGCUAGUGUAGUGUUGAUAUUACAAAGUGUAAUGUAACAAUGAAUUCCAUAAAAAUAAAGGAAAGAUGGUUGAAAUUGAAGAAUAAUGCCGUUCAUCACUUGAAUAAUGAGAAAAGAAAGCUGAGCCAGUCCACCGCGCGCAUGGCCUCCGUGUGGAAGCGGCUCCAGCGCGUGAACAAGCGCGCCGCCAAGUUUGAGUACACCGCCUCCUACCACCGCGUGGACCUCGAUACCUCGCCCAAAUGGAAACCAAACAAAUUGUCUAUCGUAUGGACGCGUCGCUCGCGGCGGGUCAUAACGGAUCCGGUUCAAUGGGAGCCAUCUUUGAAGGAUCCACUCAAAGGCAGCGUUAUGUUCGCGGUACCGGAGAACCGUUCGGUGGCGGUGACGCUCUUCAAAGAUGCUCGCACGAACGAGUUGGAAGAUAAGGACUGGACCUUCGUGCUAGAAGAUGUAUCUCCCACAGGCAAGCGCCGUCGCCUCGCCGUAUGCGCCAUCAACAUGCGGAAAUACGCCUCCCUAGAACCUUCCCAAAGGGCCUUAGUUCUAACCCUCGAACCGACGACACAAAAGAUCCAAUCGGCAUCAUUGCAUCUCACUUUACACUGUGUUCUGUUGAGGGAAGGACAGGCUACGGACGAGGACAUGCAAUCUCUUGCUUCCCUUCUUUCCGUUAACAACAAUUCAGAUAUUGCGGUGCUAGAAGACUUAGACGAAGAUGAUUACACACUUUCAGAUAACUCCACAAGACAGAUGUCCGACCUGCGUCAGCAAAUGGAAGAGAUGACUCAAAGUCUCACCAACAGUGACGUGGCGGCCACCCCCGACAGCGUGCAGAGCCUGCGCCUCGACGAGCGCACCCCCACCGCGCCCGCCUCGCCCGCCGCGUCUGCCACCUCCCUCGCCGAUCAAACCCCUACUAACGAUUUAAAAAUAGUAGAAACCUUGAAAAAACCUGAUUUCUUAACUAAAAGUUUCAAAAUCGAGCCUAAAAUGACUUCAACUCCCAAACCGACCACGCCGCAAGAAAGUUUCAAGAGCGUAGUUUUCAAACCGAAAAUGGUCUCUAGAUUGAACCUUAAGCCGUUGGAUUUAAAGUCCAAUUUUAAUAGUAUAGGGCUGGAUAGGAAUGAUAAUGAGAAGGAUGAUGAGAAAACGCCGACGGGCGAGGAGAAGAUUGGAAGGAUUGAUAAGGAUAAAACUCCGGUACAAGACCUAUUAGAAUGGUGCCAGACGGUGACAGGGGAAUACAAACAAUGUCGAGUGACCAACUUGACCACCAGCUUCCGCUCCGGACUGGCAUUCUGUGCCAUCAUUCACCGCUUCCGGCCUGAUCUCAUUGACUUCUCUGGCCUACAACCUGAUGAAAGCGAACAAAAUCUUCGAGUAGCUUUAGAAGCCAGCGCUACGCUCGGAAUCUCGCAAGUGUUAACCGCGGCUGACGUGUGCAAAAGCAAACCUGAUAGGCUAGCGAUAAUGACUUACCUUUUCCAACUCCGGGCGCAUUUCACUGGCAACGAAUUACAAGUAGAACAAUUAGGCAAUGAUGAAACAGAGUCAUCAUAUCUAGUCGGGCGACAUGAUACGGACGGUUCGCUGCCUCGAGACCUGUUCAGUAGAGAAAUUAGUACGAGAAGAUCGAAGAACAUGGAGAACCGACCGAGGCCUGGGUCACAGGUAUCACAAGAUUCCCAAGUAUCGGUUCCGUCUCGACAUUCACAAGAACGAUACACCCCCGACAAGCCAGCGCCUGUCCAACCAGUCCAGUCCCCUGCACAGCGGCCGCGCCUCAUGACGCGCAAGGAGCUCACGGACCCGUUCGGCUCCGACGACGAGGACUGUCCGCCCGCCCCCGCCGACACCUCCACCGGGCUUCCUGGCGGCUUACUGACGGUGAGACUUACAAAUAGCCAUACAAACAUGACGCGCAAGGAGCUCACGGACCCGUUCGGCUCCGACGACGAGGACUCUCCGUCCGCCCCCGCCGACACCUUCACCAGGCUUACUGACGGCUUACUGACGGUGAGACUUACAAAUAGCCAUACAAACAUGACGCGCAAGGAGCUCACGGACCCGUUCGGCUCCGACGACGAGGACUCUCCGUCCGCCCCCGCCGACACCUUCACCAGGCUUACUGACGGCUUACUGACGGUGAGACUUACAAAUAGCCAUACAAACAUGACGCGCAAGGAGCUCACGGACCCGUUCGGCUCCGACGACGAGGACUCUCCGUCCGCCCCCGCCGACACCUUCACCAGGCUUACUGACGGCUUACUGACGGUGAGACUUACAAAUAGCCAUACAAACAUGACGCGCAAGGAGCUCACGGACCCGUUCGGCUCCGACGACGAGGACUCUCCGUCCGCCCCCGCCGACACCUUCACCAGGCUUACUGACGGCUUACUGACGGUGAGACUUACAAAUAGCCAUACAAACAUGACGCGCAAGGAGCUCACGGACCCGUUCGGCUCCGACGACGAGGACUCUCCGUCCGCCCCCGCCGACACCUUCACCAGGCUUACUGACGGCUUACUGACGGUGAGACUUACAAAUAGCCAUACAAACAUGACGCGCAAGGAGCUCACGGACCCGUUCGGCUCCGACGACGAGGACUCUCCGUCCGCCCCCGCCGACACCUUCACCAGGCUUACUGACGGCUUACUGACGGUGAGACUUACAAAUAGCCAUACAAACAUGACGCGCAAGGAGCUCACGGACCCGUUCGGCUCCGACGACGAGGACUCUCCGUCCGCCCCCGCCGACACCUUCACCAGGCUUACUGACGGCUUACUGACGGUGAGACUUACAAAUAGCCAUACAAACAUGACGCGCAAGGAGCUCACGGACCCGUUCGGCUCCGACGACGAGGACUCUCCGUCCGCCCCCGCCGACACCUUCACCAGGCUUACUGACGGCUUACUGACGGUGAGACUUACAAAUAGCCAUACAAACAUGACGCGCAAGGAGCUCACGGACCCGUUCGGCUCCGACGACGAGGACUCUCCGUCCGCCCCCGCCGACACCUUCACCAGGCUUACUGACGGACGCGCAAGGAGCUCACGGACCCGUUCGGCUCCGACGACGAGGACUCUCCGUCCGCCCCCGCCGACACCUUCACCAGGCUUACUGACGGUGAGACUUACAAAUAGCCAUACAAACAUGACGCGCAAGGAGCUCACGGACCCGUUCGGCUCCGACGACGAGGACUCUCCGUCCGCCCCCGCCGACACCUUCACCAGGCUUACUGACGAAACUCCAGAAAAACCAAAAAUAGAACCCGCCACAACGGACCCGCUACAGAUCACAGAACAGCCAGAAACAGAGAAGCCACUCGUAAAAGAGACCACGCCAGAUCUGCCGAAACCUACGCCGCAAUUGUUGUCGCGUCACGAUGAGCUUAAAGAGCGAGCGAGACAGCUGCUUGAGGCUACGAAGAGAGAGGCGAGAGCGAAAGAGAAGAAACGACAGGAGUCGAAGGAGAAAGAUGAAAAGGAACAAGUUAAUGGCAUUAGGAAUGGAGAUUUGAGUCCAACAAAGCCAAUGACAGAAGAGGAGAGGCAACAGAUGCUACGAGAGCGAGCGAGAAAGCUGAUAGCGAACGCGCGAGCGGGUAUUGUUAGUCCGACAUCGCCGACGGGGUCGGUGCGGUCGCCGCGGGGGACGGUGGAGAUCAUCAGCAAGCAAUCCGUCAUGGAUGAAAUCGCUGCAGUGGGUGGCGUGGAGCAACUAGAAGCGAUGCUGUCACAAAGUUCACACUCCAGUCCUGGCUCUAGAAAGAGCGCGAGCCCGGAUCGGUCAGAGGGUUCCGUGGGAUCUCGUGGUCGCUCGCCACUGCCGCUCGCGGCGUUACUUGACAAUGCGAAUGCCGAAGAGGGCCGCGAAACGGGUUCUUACAUUCAGAGUGAGUUGGAAGCGUUAGAACGAGAACAGAGCGCGAUCGACGAGCGAGCGGCAGCCUUGGAGAAGCAACUACGAUGUGUUAUGCAGAGUGCGGACAAUACAGAGGAAGAGGACAGACUGAUGUCGCAGUGGUUCAAUCUCGUGAAUAAGAAGAACGCGUUACUGAGGCGGCAGAUGCAACUUAACAUUCUUGAACAGGAAGAGGAUCUCAGCAGACGUUGUGAAUUACUAGCUAGAGAGCUGCGACUCAGUUUAGGCGUCGAGGAGUGGAGAAAGACGGACGGACAGAAACGACGGGAGCGCCUCCUACUACAGGAGCUGCUGUCGGCUGUCAAUGAACGCGACAGGCUGGUGCAAGAGAUGGACGAGCAGGAGAAAGCGAUAGCGAACGACGACGAAAUAGAACGCAACCUGUCCCAGGUGGAGAUCCAGCGGAAAAACAACUGUAUCUUACAGUAAAUUAAGCCUAAUAUCGCUUGAAUUGUACACAGUGACUUAAUACUUUACCGCGGUUCUGAAUCGCUCUAGGUCCAUUUUAAUGUUGUGACAAAUACGUGAUUCGUUUAGAUAUUUUUGUCCGUUCAGCGACGUUUAUAUAUUUAUGGCUGACAGUAAAUUAUCGAUAAACGAUACGAUACUUGACAAAAUACAGUCUCUUUUUUAAAUUAGAUAUAACUAAACGUUUUUCACAAUUUUAAGUGUAAUAUUGGCAUUUGAUUAUUCAACCGACAGUGAAAAAAAAAUCACAGUCUCAACAAGUCUCUUGUAAAUAUUUCAUGAAGAAUUUUACAAGGACUAUAUUUUAUUCGCAAAAUUAAAUUAAUCGCUAGUUUCGACGACGUCGGUGCUUCGUGGUAUUGCAAGAACAGAACCACUUAUCAUAUAUAAUUAAAUUGUUUUUCGUUACAUUGACUUGGUUGUUCGACUAUCUUCAUGGUUUUUCAAAUCCUUCGCCAAAUUCAGUCAUGCCAAUGUGGACAAUGGGUCAUACUUAACAAUUUUCACUAUGAGAGUAAUACGAAAUACGUGAAAAAAUUGCUGUCCUAUUCACGAUAACCAUGAAUCUAGUAUUUAAUACGGAUUCGGCUUGAGUGGUGGGGGGAACUGACAGAACGGGAUAGUCUUAUGUAUCUUUCAGCAGGAGUAGCACAGAAAGCGCUACUGUCUAAGUCUCAGUUGCCCUUUCUGCCUUUUUCUAAAAAAAACCCCUAAGUGACAUAGACGUUUUUUGUUGCCCACAGGUUUUUAUGGUUGCCAAUAACCCGGCCAAAUUACGUAGGUUGUUUUUGGUAUGUUGUCAGGAAUGUUAAAACGUGUUUUUACAAGCUUUUAUUUAACUUGCCCUGUUAGUAUGUAUGGGACAAAUCUUGCAAGUUAAAUUUGACCCACUUCCCGGUUUCCGAUGAAGCUGAAAAUUUGCAUACAUAUGUAAGUCGGGUGACAAUGCAAUAUUAUGAUACCAUCAAACUGAUCUAAUGAUGGAGACAGGAGGUAGCCAUAGGAACUCAGUGAUAUAACAACGCAACCUAAUUGUGUUUGGGGUUUUUAGAAUUGUCUCGAUGAGUAUUAGUUGCCUGUGGAAAAAAAAGUACAGUCAGUGAUAAAAGCUUGUACCAAAAAUUAAAUUAUUUUUUUGUCAAAAACUUAUUAAUUAUGUCGCAUUGCGUUCUGUCUCUCACGGGCGCACGCGUAUAGCACAUCUAUACGAUUCUACCAUCUAUGACAUUAACAGUAUAAAAUUAUUCUUUUUUACAAUUUCUGUUUUGGUUUGUAGUCAAAUUUGCUCAGUAUGACCUAUAAAUUCACAAAAUAUGGCCAAGGGCUGAAAAACACCUUGUAGACUAUAUGAAGCAAAUGUGGUGCAAUAACGCUCUUACAGGAGGUAUUGAAGUCCAUUAGUAUAGGCUAGUUUAAUAAUUUGAGAAUAAAUAUCUUCGCGUAGUUUGAGCCUUAUAAUUAAGUGCAUAGGGCUUAAUUUUGCUUGCAUACCGACAAGGUUGUUAGAUCGUCUUAUUUGCAAGUUGUGUUUGUCGAAAGAGCUUGAUAAGAAUUCCUAUGACAAAAAUUAAAGUGAUUUUGUAUUUCCAACUGUUUGAAAUAGUGUUUCAAAUGAAAAAAUUGUUUGGGUCGAUUCUUGUAAUAGGUUUUUAUCAACCAAUACGAAUGUGAAAAAAAUACGAAUAAUUACGAGUAUUACACGAAUCGGUCCACAAAAAAAACAAACUUGAAAAUUUUGACAAUUCCAAUUCGAUUGUAUGUAUGUUAAUAUAAUAUAGCGAGCUUUUGUAUGUAGCUUCCCUCGGUUGUAAGUCGCGGAAUACUCAUUACUGUUUCCUAUAUUUAUAUUACUUUUGCUUAUUUAUAGUGAUAUUGUGUUUGUGACAAUUUAUAUGAAAAGAGAAAAGAAACUCAAAAAGUUAAGGUUAGG